UUGCUGGUUGCUGUUCUUUGUCUCCUUCCGCCUCUUGCUUGUUUGCCUUUUCUCCUUGUUUCACUUUUCUCCACAUCAGCGACCGGCGAUACCCUUUUCCUGCGCUGCUGCGAGAUCCAAUUGCCUCGACGAGAGGUUCCCUCAGCAGCGAUGGCUCCGUCUUCUUCCUCUAAUGCUUCGAAUACCCCCUCGCCACUCUCGUCAAGCACGGCCCUACCCAACACCAACAACGCCAAUGCUUCAUCCUCGGCCUCCGUCCUCUCGUCGAGGCGGAGAGGUGCAGCUCGCAACCUAGCCUCCAAUGGCGCUGGCUCCGGCUCAGGGUCACACACUCCCACGUCUGGCACCUCAACCCCUCCCUCAGAGGACGAUUCCCUCUACCCAAAUCAAAUCGUCCUCCAACGCGAUCGUUCCCGCAGUCGCCGUCUUCCCUCAUCAACGCCCGGUCGCCCUGGGCUCAAAGGUCGCAAGCUCCCCUCCUACACAGUCCACGCCCCAAAUACACCCUUCGACGAGCUCGAUCUUAGCGAAGUGCCUUUCCUCCAGCAUGCGGAUGAGACCCUUCUCGCAUCUGCUGCGGGUAAUGCUAAGAAGGGACUGACCCGCUAUAGGCGACUGUUCUUCUUGGUCGGCAUUGUGUUGGGUGCAGCGGUGACUUGGCUGGCGGCACAGAAUGCGGGCAUGGAUUCGCACAUCCGCAGCUUGAGAGGAAUACUGGACGAUCAGCUCGUAUCUCUCGGAGUGGACUUAUCGCAGCUCGACUUCAGCCUGCGCAUGCCGAAAGAAUUCCUUGACCUUGGAGACAACUUGUUCUCAGGUCCCAAGGAGUGGCUGUCUACGAAGGACUUUAGAGUGGGCAGGAAGCUCGCCGAGCAAGGGUACAAGACUGAGCAUCCAGUCGUGCUCAUGCCGGGAAUUAUCAGUACGGGGCUGGAGAGCUGGUCGACCAACCCGGAUAUGAGCGGAUAUUUUAGAAAGAGGCUGUGGGGGACGACGACUAUGAUGCGGACGAUUGUCAUGGAGAAGGAGAUGUGGAUCAAGCAUCUCUCACUAGACCCCAUCACCGGUAUUGACCCACCUGGCAUCAAGGUUCGAGCGGCCGAAGGACUAGACGCAGCCUCGUAUUUUGUCUCAGGCUACUGGAUCUGGUCCAAGAUUAUCGAGAAUCUCUCUGUGAUAGGCUACGACACAGGCAACCUCUACAUGGCAUCGUACGACUGGCGCCUCAGCUACUACAACCUCGAGGUGCGGGAUAGAUUCUUUACAAGACUGAAGCUGAAGAUUGAACAGAACAGUGCGCUCACUGGCAAGAAGACGGUGCUGAUUGCGCAUUCCAUGGGAAGUAGCGUGGCGCUUUAUUUCAUGAAGUGGGUUGAGGCGAGUGGACCGGGCUUCGGAAAUGGAGGCGAUAGGUGGUGCGAGGAGCACCUGGAGUCGUUCACUUCGAUCGCAGGGACCUUCUUGGGCGUCCCCAAGGCGAUGGCUGCAUUGCUGUCCGGAGAGAUGAGGGAUACUGUGGAGGUGCCGCCUGCUGCGGCCUACUUGCUUGAGAAGUUCUUCUCGAGGAGAGAGCGGGCCCGCCUUUUCCGCACCUGGGCCGGUUCAGCCAGCAUGAUCCUCAAAGGCGGCAACGCCGUCUGGGGCAACGACACUUGGGCGCCCGACGACCACGACACGGCUCACGAGUCACACGGCUCUCUCUAUACCUUCCGUCGCCCCAAGAACGUCCACCUCGGCGCAGGCGACGCAGCAGAGGGGCACGACCGUCCUACUGCGGCCGCCGCCCAGCACGACGAUGCUACCCUCGCGACUUCGUCGCAUCACGACUUGAGCUCGCAUCACCAAGUCCAAACCAAUCUCUCGGCAGACUCUGCUCUCACCUGGCUCCUCCAGCAUACCCCGAACACAUUUCAGCGUAUGGUCGAAACGAAUUACUCCGUAGGCAUAGAGUACGACCCGCGAGUCGUCAAGGCCAACUCUCGCGCCGACCGUUUCCCGACUUGGUCCAACCCUCUCGAGGCCGCUCUCCCUCACGCGCCGAGCAUGAAGCUAAUUGCAAUCUACGGCGUGGGCAAACCGACUGAGCGCUCCUACUACUACGAGAAGGGUCCCUUUGAGCGAGAAGACGUCCAAGCCGAGGGAGAUUCGGCACAAUGUCUCGACGUGCAUUGCUCCAACGCGACGGACGCCAGUCCUUUGGGUUUCCCCCUCGCACGAAGCCACUGGAUCGAUGCAACGGUGCAUGACGAGAAGGCGAGUCCCAAGAUUCGCGCAGGGUGCAAGAUGGGUGAGGGGGAUGGGACGGUCAGCCUUCUCUCGCUGGGAGCGAUGAGCGUCGAAGGGUGGAAGCGCAAGCGGUACAAUCCGGCGGGGAUGCGCGUUGUGACGCAUGAGCUGGCUCAUGAGCCCGAGGCGAUGGAUCUUCGCGGUGGACAGACGACGGGUGAUCAUGUGGAUAUCCUGGGUGCGUGGAGAGUCAACGAGAUGGUGCUGAAGGUCGCGGCAGGAAGGGGCCACGAGGUUGAGGAUCAUUUCGUCAGCGAUAUUCGUGACUACGCCGCGAGGAUCGACUGGGACGGCGAGGGACAGGCGUAGGAUGUCUUGCUGGCGUGGGCUGUGAACUGCUUUGCUUAAUCUAUUUUCAUACACGACG